CUAUGACGUAGCGACUAAGUUAUUGGAUAGUUAAGUGACGAGGGAGAUAGACCGGUUGAAAAUGGGAAUAUCUGGACGGACGGAAGAUGUUUGGAAACAAGGCCGAAUUCACUUUCAUUCACCUGCUCUUCUCCUUCUCCCACCAUAUCCUCGGCUCUACGCUCGAUCUCCUCCGUCAAGCGGUUCCAACAUUCCUCGUUAGUCCACAUUCUCGUUUGUUCCUCAUUCGUAUCUAUUUUGUUACGUCUCCUCUAAUUGUUACGUGACAUUCUUUAUUUCAAGUAAUUUCAACCCAGUUCAAACAAUAUGAGCCAGUGCCCUAAGUGCGGGAAACCUGUUUACUUUGCCGAAAGGAAAACAUCCUUAGGCAGAGACUGGCAUGGAGCUUGUUUGCGGUGUGAAAAAUGCAACAGAACUUUGACUCCAGGAGGACAUGCUGAACACGACAGCAAACCGUACUGUCACAACCCAUGCUACUCCGCCUUAUUCGGACCUGGUGGUUUUGGAAGGGGCGGCUCUGAAAGCUACGUCUACAAAUAACUUGAGACACAUCAGAAAGUGCUAACUCCGUUCAUUCCAUUGUUCAUUCUUCCUUUUUUCCCUUUUCAUCUGUUCUGCUAUUUAUUCCAUACUUACUUCCAUUCCACUGGCUUAAGAUAAGCGAAUAAGCAGUUUUCAACAACGCAUAAAUAUCAUUUUUCACAUGCUACGUACUCACAGCCACUGAAUACUGAGACUCUGAGGUAGGAUUUUUUUUCACAUGCUGCUGAAAUGGUUUGUUGCGGCAUCCAAGUUGGAAGAUGCGUAGAUCUAAAAUAAUUAACACAUGUGCCAUCUCCUGAGAAAUAACUAACAUCAAAUCAUCGCCUUCGACAUUCUUUUUAAGUUAUUAAUCAUCAUUUUCAUAAUAUUGCCCUCGUAAUUAAGAUUUUUUAUUAUUGUUAUAUGUAUUUUUAAUAUUUAAUUUAUCGAGUUCAACUUAUUUGUAACUUCAGGUGACUACUUUUUGAAUGAAUUAACUUAUAAUUUUCUUUCAAACUCCAUAUUUGAUUAGAACUAGAAUUGAAAAUCAAAAUUCAAUAGAGGAAAAAGGAUAUUUUUGUCCAUUCAUCGAAAUUAGUCAUAUCAUGAAUUCUGUAAUGACAUUAUAUGUUCUCGAGUCACCACUCUCGCUUUGAGAAAAAAAAAGACGAAAAAAACGUCUGUAUCGAUGUUUUGAAUUAGUUCUAAUUGAUGGACGAUUUGAGAAAUCUAAUAUCAAUAAUUCAUGUGCCAUGGAAUUCAAUCCAGCUUUUCAAUUUGAAAAACAAUACUUCUUAAUAAAAUCUUAAACUCGCCUUGA